AUUAAAAACGCUGUCGAGUAGCGAAUUAAUUGAAAUAUAUCACGGGGCGAACAAAUCUUGGUGAUAGUUCGAUCAGUACGCGUCUUGUCCCCAUACUUACUGUGCAACAUUUAGCGAAAUAUGUUCAUUUAACUAAAUUAAAAUGUAUUUCUGGUUACCAUACGUCUUGGUCUUCCUAUCUAUUCUCUUCUCAUACAGCAACGGGCAAGCAGAUAAUUUCACGACAAUGGCUCCGUUCGCGAGAUCCUUUUGCUCUCCAAAUUCGAAAGACUCAGACUUCCAGACGGUGGAUCUGAUAGCCGUAUAUCGACUGGAUAGAUCGGACACCACCGGUGUGACCCUAGUUCAGGGGUCUCAGGAUCUUCAAAUGGCGUAUAGGAUUGGAGGGGGAGCCAAUCUAACUUUACCUCUGAAAGAAGUGUUCCCGGGUGGUCUUCCGAACCGGUUCAGUGUGGAGGGAACCUUUAAUGCUCGCGGACACCGAAGACCGUGGAGUCUUCUGCGAGCACGUUCAAAUAACGUGCUGUUUUCUCUCAUUUUAAUGCCGGAACCAAGGAAAGUUGCGGUCCUAGUGCAGGGUUCUAGGGCCGUGUUCAAGAGUCCUGAGUUAUUUACUACGGGAUGGCACAAGCUACACGUGGCUGUCGCGAAUCGAUCGGUUCAUAUAGCAGUCGAUUGUGUUGAGUUGAAUCCAGUGAACAUCUCCGCUUACGACUUCAGCAAUGCCACCUCACUGACGAUUGUCUCAAACGAUGACGGCACGCCGGCACCGAUUGAUCUUCAGUGGCUCUCGUUGAGUUGCGACCGCUACGUUCUGAAGGAAGAUAGCUGUGAGGAGAUUGAUAAUCCAAACUACCUGAUAGCAACUUCAGCGCCGCCCUUUGCUUUCGACCCAUCGUCCAGAGAAAUUCCUUCGCUAAACACGACUUGCAAUGUGACGUGUCCAGAAGGUCCCAUGGGCCCUCCUGGACCUACAGGCGAACAGGGCGUGAGGGGUCUCCCAGGACUACCGGGCUUUAGAGGCGAGAAAGGCGAAAUUGGGCCCAUUGGCCCAGCCGGCCCGAAAGGUGACAAAGGCGAAGUUGGGCCGCCCGGUUUAGCCGUUAAUGUAACUGGUACAGGAGUGAAGGGUGAACAAGGACCACCAGGCCCCAGGGGUUAUAAAGGCGAUAAAGGCGAAACUGGAUCGAAAGGUGAUACCGGCGAUCCAGGUCCCGUUGGGUUUUCUGGUAUACCCGGAGUCGAUGGGAAAGACGGUAUUCCUGGGUCACCAGGCCCAAUCGGUCCUCCUGGGAUACCGGGACCUCGUGGACCACCCGGACCAUUGACCAAUAUCAACGCUUCUCUAAUACAAGGUGCUAAAGGCGAAAGGGGGUCACCUGGUCGACCAGGGAGAGACGGUGGUCCCGGACCCGUCGGACCUCCUGGAAAGGAUGGCGAAAGGGGUCUACCAGGGCCGGAGGGUGCCCCUGGUGCAGCUGGUCUCCCCGCUCCCAGUGGGCCGCGCGGUCCCCCUGGGGAGAGGGGCCCUGAAGGACCACAGGGUCCCGAGGGUCCUUCAGGUAAACCUGGAACUCCAGGCCCGCCAGGUGUACCUGCCCCCUUAAUCACUGCAGCCAGUAUACCGGGUCCUCCUGGACCGGCGGGGGUGCGCGGAGAGAAAGGGGAUCCAGGGUUACCGGGUCUUCCAGGGCGGGAUGGGCUUGACGGAAUUCCAGGUAUACCAGGGCAUGCUGGCCCGCCCGGGGCUCCCGGAGUCAACACCGUCUCAGUACAAACACCGUCGAUGUCGGAAAAUGACGUGAGGAACAUUUGCGAAAGCAUCGUCAGAGAACGACUGAACGAGCUAUCAGCAAGUCUAACGGCACCCACCCAGACCGUGGUUACAAAGCGUGGCCCUCCAGGAAGACCUGGUCUUCCUGGGCCUCCGGGUGUCCGAGGGGAAUCAGGCGAGCCUGGUCCACGUGGGUACCCUGGAGAACCAGGUGAUACGGGGAGACCGGGACCAUCGGGAAGUAAUGGCGCAAAGGGCGAUAAAGGAGAUAGGGGUGUUGAGGGAGUAGGGCUACCCGGAACCGAAGGUCCUAGAGGAGCUCCGGGUCCAGUUGGUCUACCUGGGUUCGAGGGUAGGAGGGGAGAACGAGGAGAUCCUGGUCGAGAAGGGCCUAUAGGACCUCGCGGACCUCCAGGACAGCGGGGGGUUUGUGAUUGUCCCGUAGCCUACUACAGCUACCCACAGGGACUCGUCAAAGGACCGUAGACCGGGUUCUUCAAUUCACAAACAGUAUUCUCGAAGUCCCGUUAAGCAAAUAAUAAUCAUUUGAAGAAUCUCCAAAAAAAAAUACUGUUUCUAGAAACCUGUACACAUAAAUAAAAGAAAGAAAAAAAAAACA